AUGAUGUCUCCUCUGGAUUCCCUCAGUCCUGUGAAUGGUGGACUGCAAGAUUUCCCUUCGUUGCAUUUUCCUCCUCGCGAUUAUUGGGCUGAGGACAAAGGCGGGCCAUACUCCAAUCUCCUGGAGGACCAGCAUCAUGGAUUGCGACGCUCGCUUGAGGAAGCUGGCAUGAUGACCGCGUCGUACAACGUCUACUGGGGAGCUACCGCCAAUGGUGGAUGCUUUGGGGCUUUUGGAGACGUGACCCUUACCUGCAGCGGAAACGGUGUCCUUGAUGUUAUGGUCCCUGACGACGGCAAUACAGAUUGCGAAUCGACCAGUAGUCCAUCACAAGUCAUCUGCGAAAGCCCUUGGCCCAGUAGUGAUGCGCAAGUGCGAAUCUUCUCCUGUUCUGGAAAGGCAAAAAGUGAUUUGUUAGCUACCGCAUCGUUGUCCACUGCAGGCGCAAGCUGCAGUGGAGUUGGAUAUCAUUUGUCAGCCCUUGCACUGGCCCCCUAUUGCGAAGAAACAGUUGGUGGAAAAGUGUUUCGAAUGACGGCCUAUGAAACGUGUGAUUCCGCUUCCACACUGGCGAUGCUCAAUGACGAAGACCCUGGUUGCGCCAACGUAUUCUCUUGUGAGCGGAACUUUUGCUCGUUCAAUCUUCCAAAAGUCACUGCCACGGUUGAAUCGAUCGACAUUGCUGAUCAUAGCUGCCUUCUCGGAUUAGAUGAGAUCUUCCAGCCAAAGAAGAAUGACGAUGAAGAGGAAACAGACACUAUUAACAAUUCUACGCAGCCCAAGACUGACAGCAGUGGUGGCAAUCGGGUUGCUUUUUGGAUUGCUAUGGUGGUCUCAGCUACUACAGCUGUCGUCGUUUGA